AGUUCCUGAGGGAAGAUGGCGGUUUGGAGUCCUUGCUGCCUCUUGGCGGCGCUGCUGCUUCUCCUCGGGACGGGCGUCGCGAUGGGCGGCUCGGUGACGUGCGGCUCGGUGGUGAAGCUGCUGAAUGCGCGCCACGGAGUCCGGCUUCAUUCCCACGACGUCCGCUACGGGUCCGGGAGCGGGCAGCAGUCAGUGACAGGGAUCGUGGCCAUGGAUGACAGUAACAGCUACUGGCGUGUUCGGGGCAAGACAUCCACUGUGUGUGAAAGGGGCACCCCUGUGAAGUGUGGACAGGCAAUCAGGCUGACCCACAUCAACACAGGCCGUAAUUUGCACAGUCAUCACUUCACGUCGCCCCUCUCAGGCAACCAGGAGGUGAGUGCCUUUGGAGAAGAUGGUGAAGGGGACUUCCUGGACGACUGGAUUGUGCUGUGCAGUGGCUCCUACUGGGAUCAGGCCAGUGAGGUGCAGUUCAAGCACUCCUCCACAGACGUGCUUCUUUCAGUGACUGGCGAGCAGUACGGGCGGCCGAUCCACGGCCAGCGAGAGGUGCACGGGAUGGCUUAUGCUAGUCGGGACAGCUACUGGAAGGCAAUGGAGGGGAUUUUUGUGAGGCCCACAGAGCUGCUGAAGAUGGAACUGCACCGCACAGAGCUCUGAGAGCAAAAGGGAGCCCCCAGGCUGGACUGUACCCAAGCUGCAGGAGUGACUUGGCAUGCAGUUUCUUCUGCAAGCUUCUGCAGAAGCACCAGGAUGAUGUCCUGCCACGGAAGGAAAGAUUUCUGUCACCACACAAUAAUAUUCCCCUUUGUCCUUGUCCUCCUUCCCUGCGCACCUUCUGUCGCUGACAUUCAAGCACAUGUGUGCAUAGGAACCAGCCAUAGGAACCUGUGGUCAAAGGACACAUUGACAGUUCCAUGAGUUUGAUUGAACUUCUUUGAAAAUGGAAACAAGAGAUCCUAUUGUAGGUUUUUUAAAAAGGCCUUAUUUAAGGCUGUUGCUGUUUUGCUGUUAACAGCAUC